UCAUACUGCGAGACACCUCCAGAGGCAGGAAGUAGACGUGUCAUUUCCCCUCCCUCCACGUACCCCCCUUACCACUCUCCUCUGUCACCCAACACAGAGUCCACGCAGUCCUGAGCGGGAGGAAGGAAGGCUCUAGCUCUUCUGUAACUUUCCAGGAAGAACAUGCCCCGGGAAACUCUGCAUGAGAUGCUGCUUGCUCUUCUGCUCUAUCUUGCUUGCCUUCUUCCUGAGGUCACGAUGGACCAAAAGACUAAAGAAGUCUAUUGGCGCUUCAACACCACACUACUGCUGAUGGGGACCAAUCUGAACGCUUCUUCGAUCUUUAACGUGGAAUGGUGUGCACAGCUGAACAGGAGCGAAGAGGUCUCCAUUCUAACAUACUCACCCAGCUCCAAGAACAUCUAUAUUAAUGAAAGUUACAGGAAGAGAGUUGUCUUUUCUCGUACAAACUUUUCCUUGACGAUUCAUUGUGUGACUUUCAGUGACGAAGGAGUCUAUACACUAACCAUCCAGCUGCUUGACAGGCAGCAACAGAUCGACAAGUCAAGAGUCACAGUGAUCAUACCUGUGUCGAAUGUGCACAUCACCAGACAGACAUCUGCUCCUCAUCAGGGGAAAAACAUCACCUUGAAUUGCCUGGGGACAGAAGGAAAUGCCAUAUCCUACUCCUGGCAGAAAUGCAACCAGCCUUUGCCAAUUGGAAACCGCACCAUCCUGUCUAAGGACAACGCAUCCCUGACCCUCAUUAACAUACAGCAAUCCGACAUUGGGAACUACAGAUGUGUGGCCCAGAAUGUACUCAGCUCUGGGCAUAAAGACUUCAUCCUGCAGCUCUGUGCUGAGACUGGUGUCUCACCCUGGUGGAGCUAUGGCAUUUACGGGUACCCUGGCUAUCUGGGCUACGCUAUUGUCAUCUUCUACAUCUUCAGCUGGGUGAAAAGGACCAGGAAAAGCAGCUCCAAAGGCCAGUCAGAUACCAUUUAUGAAAACACGACUUUUGAAACACCCCCCACAAAGAGCUGUAAAAGAGUUCCCCCUGUCUACAUAAAAUACGUCAAGAAGUAAUCUUAAAGGGUAGGAGAAAGACUGGUUUCUAUUCAGAGUGGCUUUGUUUUAUUAUGUGUACAAAAUACUCAGCCUGUCCUGCUAGUGUGCACGUCCCAGUGUUGAUGGGAAGAGAUGGCUUCAGAAAGAAAGAAAGAAAGAAAGAAAGAAAGAAAGAGCUCUACAGAUGGAGUAAAACUGCCUUUGUGCACACUAGCUGCAUGCACCUGUCUACCUACCUGUGGUACUUACAUGAACUCCUGCUUCCAAAGUAUCUGAGCACAUGACAAUCUUUAAUUAUUUACUUAGCCUCGCAACACCCAUUGGUUUCCCCAUUUUACAGGUGGGGAACUGAGAUGCUAAGUGACUUGCCCCAGAUCACACAGAGUCUGUGGGUUUGUCUACAUCAUGCAGCUUUUAGCGACAAGGCUGUGUCGACACAGCCUUGUUGCUAAAAGUCAGCGUGUGUAAAUGCUCUUUUUCAGUACUUUGUCGGCACUUUACGUCCAGCCCAGUGAGUGCUCCUGCCGACAAAGCUGCGUUCACACUGCCACUUGCGUCGGCAAAACUUUUGUCUUUCACUGGGGGGGUGCUUUUCCAAGUACCCAUGAAAGACAAAAUGUUGUCAACAACUUCGCAGUGUAGACCAGCCCUCAGGCAGAGAAGGAAAUUGAAUCCCAGUUUCCCAAGUUCCAGGUUAGCCCUCCAACCGUUGGACCACCCAGCACCAACCCGUGUUGGUGAAGAUAUGCAUUGUCUUUCUGGGAGGAGCCCUCUCCAAUGUUUCCAUUUUAUGCAUAUGCAUUACUUCAUUUACAUAAGUGACACCAAGCUACAGCAUUGCAAAAUAAAAGCACUGUGCUCAAUAUCUCCCCAAGUUGCCUCAUCCCCCACCACCUUGUAGAUCAUUUACCUUCAGCUCUGCUGCCAUGCCCACAGCACUCUCAAGAACAGUCUGAGUCCUGGCCUUCUUCAAUGGGCAGGAUUUUCUCCAUGAAGUGGGAUGACAGUUCUUCACAGCGCUUAGUGCUGGGUUCUGCCUAGGCUUGAAGAAAGUCUUUGCUUCCUUCUGUCUGUUUCAGCUUUUGUUUUCCCAUCAUCGACACUCCCGUUUCUACCCCUCUCUCUUUGUCUGGCACAGGGUGUCAGAAAACCAUGGAGAUCUAUGGGUGAUAGGGAGGAAGGGGCAGUUUAGGGGCCAAUGCAUUGAGGAUAGUGCACAAGGGUAAUAAUUCACCAGAUCCUCGACUCCUUGUCUUUUGCAUGAUUGCUGCUGUCCUAUUGGCACGCUUUGGAAUUUGGUGGGGUCUUAGUGGUCAAAUCAGACUUGUGGGUCUUUCACGGAAAGUAGGAGAGCUCUGACCACUAUCUUCAUGAGGUGAUGAUCUGAAACAGGGCUUGGGCUGUGAUGUCCUCCAUAUUGACAUCUAAACCAAGGACCAGGUCCAAGGUGCGACUGGCUGUGUGGAUUCGACCAAAGAGGUGAGAAUCAUAGAGAGGCAAGUGAGAAGAGUCAAUAUGCAUGUUGAAAUCUUCCAGGACAAGUCUAAAAUAUGUCACCACCACCAUGAGCAAGGUAUCUGUGAGCUCCUUUAUGAACUCUUACAGUCUAUCAAAGGAUAAAAUCAGCAUGACAUUUCUAAGCUUGGUUUCUCUUUACCUCUGACCUUGCUAAAUCCAGUUAUGAGCAGGCAAUCUUAGAACUAUUGGUGGCUCCUUCUCGGACUUUAAAAUUAAUUUGGCUAAAUCUUCUGGUUUCUCUUCAGCACUCCAGCCCACACCAGCACCGGUGCAAACAGGUUUUCUGUCAGACAAUGCGGGGAUGUGUGUGUUAUUUAUCUAUCUGUUCACAUGUAAACUGAGUAUUUUCUGAUUCUCAAUGGGCUUCCUAUCAAGUCUGAACUGUAUGGAAAUGAAGGAUGCUGUGGGGAGGGGGACUUCAGACAUAUCUAACGGGAAAAGAAGACCAGAAGGGGGAAGGGAACCUUAUCUGGGGGAGCACUUUGAAGGUUUGCUUGACUGUAUUUGGGGGGCAGAGAAGAUGCCUGAGCACCUUUCAUGGGGGAAGCAACAAGCUUGAUGGAAAAAUGCUGAAGAGAACACUGAGUGAGAUCAAACUUCUUUAGACAGGAAGUUAACCUCUUAGUUAAAUUUAGUCUCUUGAAAGCGUGUUACGAUUUUGCUUUACAUGUAACCACCUGUUCCCAGUACUCUCACUCACUGUUACCUGGAUCUCUAAACUUUGAUAAUAUAUUUAUACUGAAAACAAGAAUAAGUUUGUCUAAGUGCUGGUGUUGAGCUGAAUCUUACAAGCGGGUGGGUACUGUCCCUUUGGGAAUAACAGGCCUGGCAGCUCUGGAGUGUGCACUGGUUCAGGGGCUGGAAGCUACAGGGAAUGAUCUGAGGAAUCGGGGGUUGAUGUGUGCCUAGUGCUACCUGUACAGACAGAGCCAGGCCUGCGGGGCCCUGGAAGGCAGGGCUUGUGUUGGCAGGGGCUAGUGGAUUCAGGGAGCUGAUCCACAGCUGGCACAGACAAGGCUGUCUCCUGUGAAGGUAGUGUUGCCAACCCCUCAAAUUGUCCUGGAGUUUCCAGGAAUUACAGAUUAAUCUUUAAUUAAAGAUUAUGUCCUGUGUAUAAACUUCCAGGAAUAUGUCCAACCAAAAUUGGCAACCCUAUGCAAAGGGCAAGUGGUUGUGAGGUGCCUGAUAAUCCAGGGUACCCCUCGGGAAUGUCAUUCCAGGUCAAUAGUAUAUGCACAUACUGUGAGACUGCACUAUAGAGACUGAGAAGAUCAGAGAGGAACCUGUCUGCAUGUGUUGGGAGGUCAGACUAGAUCAGUGGUUCUCAACCUAUUUAUCAUUGUGGGCCACAUCCAAUACUACCUAUAUGGCCCUAAGGGUGUCACAUGGGCCGCAGCUGUGUGCUGAUUGGGCUGCGAGUGGCCCACGGUUUCAGAACCACUGGACUACAUGAUCACAAUGGUCCCUUCUGGUCUUGGAAUCUAUGAACGCACGUAUUGAAACAUAUGAUAGCAACCAAGUGGGGAAGUCUGUAUAAAGAACACCAGUAGGCUUACUGGCUAAUAGCUUGGGUUAAGAAGUUACUCAAAAGUCUUCCAAAAUCUGUUUGCAAAUGUUUGUGUAUGUAUUAAAUAUUUGCUCCCUAA